GGAGUGGGAGAGAGGCAGAGAGAGAGGGACUGUAGGAGAGAAGAGUUGGGAGGAGCUGUGGGUGAGGCUCACUUGGAUCCAAAAUCCACUGGAGCAACGACUGAUUAGAGAAACAAGACACAAAGUUCUGGAGCUACAACUCAAACAGGACAAAAAUAUGUACUAAACACGGCAAGAGGAAAAGGAAUAUUCAGCCAUUAAAGGACUUUCAAGAAUUCUGUUCAACACAGCAAGACUGUUGAAAACUGUGACUGAGGCCAUAUGGAUCUCUCUUUUUUUCUUUUUUUCUUUUAGUUGCUUGUACGUUGCAGGAGCACUAAAGAAACGUCUCAUUAUCACUGACAGGGCAUUUUAGAGACUAGAAUAGUGAAGCUGUUGCUGGAGUUGCUUCAGUGCUGAGUUACUGACAGACGUGCUAGUAAUGUCAGGCAGAGUGGUUCCUGUCAUUCUCUUAUCUUUGUGUCUGACCGUUGGUUCAGUCCAGAGCCAGGGUUCCUCUCAGGAUGCCUUUAUAAUCCAGUACCUGGAGAGGAGGUUGGCUCAGAUGGAGGAGCGUCUGAAUCAAUGUGAGCAAAACACAGUGAGUGUCACCCAGAAGACCUAUGACCUCUCCUCUGAAAUGAGGGGUUAUCUGUCCUCUCUCAGUGUUCUUAGAUCAGAGGUAAGGAGCCAGGUGGACAGCAUGUCUGUGCGUGUUGACCGGAUGGAGAGAGAGUUGGAGUAUCUAGAAAACAAGAUCCCCGCCCAGUCUGACAUCGAGAUGGAGGAAGCUCUGCUGGAACAACAGAUAAAGGCUGCAGAACUGGACCAGCUAAAGAAGAAGGCCAAGAUCAAAGUGGACAAAGACUGCAGCUCAGCCCUGAGUCAAAUCAAGUCUCUCAAGAUUGUGAAGAAGACCGGAGACACCUAUGGUUCCUGGUUCAAGGACCCCUCAGAAGGAUCAGCCAAGGUCUACCUGCUCAGUGGAAUUCAUAACAACACUCUGCUGGAGUAUGUUUCUCUGCAAAGCUUCACGGAUAGGAGCACAACUCCUCCAGCUAAAGUGGUGCAGCUGCCUUUCCAGUGGCAGGGGACAGGUCAUGUGGUCUACAGUGGAUUCCUCUACUAUCACAAGGCAGAUACACCCAACCAGAUACUGAAGGUAGACCUUUUGAAUGGUACAGUGGUGGAUAGCACACUUCUUCCAGGAGCAGGUCGCCUCCCAGUCUACAGUCUGAACCCUAACACCUUUCUGGACCUGGCUGUGGAUGAACUUGGCCUUUGGGUUAUCCAUGCUGAUCCUGAGUACGGAGGAAACCUGGUCAUUACCAAACUGGAUAAAGGAACUUUGGCAGUAGAGUAUACCUGGGAUACACAGUGUAGAAGUCGUGAUGCAGAAGGAGCAUUCCUAAUAUGUGGGACCCUCUACGUGGUGUACAACACACGCUAUGGAGGACGUUCCACCAUACAGUGUCUCUAUGACAUUCACGAUACCAUCCACAGCAAUGAGAGUCCUGUGAUGUUCUUCCCAAAGCGCUACACCAGUCACAGCAGCAUCCACUACCACCCUGGAGACAAACAGCUGUAUGCCUGGGAUGAUGGCUACCAGACAAUAUACAAAGUGGAGACAGGCAGAAAUGACCAAGUCAUUGCAGAAUGAAGAUACAUUGUUCAUCCUUUAAAACGUGUGUUACCACUUCAGAGAUUAUCCAAAAUUAUGUAAUCAACAUCACUUAUAACAUCAUUAGUUAGGAAAGUUAUUGUUGAGUAUCUUAUAAUCUACUGUUUAUCAGUAUUCUGAUCCUUUGCUGGCAAUGGAUGCUGCCUUUAUCAUUAUUAAUCACAAAAAGAUGAUGUCUACCCAAAAGCAUUUUAUGUAUAGACUUUAUACUUUGUAUCACCAUAAUAAAAAGCAUUGAAAUGUCA